AUACCGUGUUCAGUGUCGUGCAGUUAUGCAUGUUACUCAGGAGCAGUGACAACCAUGACGAAUAAAGACACUCUAGAUUCCGGCCGGAAGAAAAACGGCUCUGAAAUUUCAGAGUUGUGAGCUGCCAGUCUCACAGCGCCAACAUGAGUGACACGCUGAGCCCCAACAUCUCGGAUGGCAACACUGCCUUCCUGAGGGCGGCUCGCGCCGGUAACCUCGAGAAAGUCCUCGAACAUCUGAAAAACAACAUCGACAUCAAUACCUCCAACUCGAACGGUCUCAACGCCCUACACUUGGCCUCCAAAGACGGACACGUCGCUGUCGUCACUGAACUUCUGAAACGAGGUGCUUCAGUUGACGCCGCAACCAAGAAGGGCAAUACUGCGCUGCACAUUGCUUCACUUGCUGGUCAAGAGGAAGUUGUGAAACUGCUUGUAACAAAUGGUGCUGCAGUCAAUGUGCAGUCGCAGAAUGGAUUCACUCCGCUCUACAUGGCAGCUCAAGAAAAUCACGACAACGUCGUCCGGUAUCUGCUCGCUAAUGGCGCCAACCAGAGUUUGGCGACAGAGGAUGGGUUCACACCACUGGCUGUGGCCAUGCAACAGGGUCACGACAAGGUUGUUGCAGUAUUACUUGAAAAUGACACAAGAGGCAAAGUGCGUCUGCCUGCUUUGCACAUUGCUGCCAAAAAGGAUGACUGCAAAGCAGCAGCCUUGUUGCUACAGAAUGAUCAUAAUCCAGAUGUGACCUCAAAGAGUGGAUUCACUCCUCUCCAUAUUGCAGCUCACUAUGGAAAUGAAAAUAUAGCAAAUCUUCUUCUCAGUAGAGGUGCUGAUGUUAAUUACUCUGCUAAGCACAACAUAACACCACUUCAUGUAGCAGCCAAAUGGGGCAAGACCAAUAUGGUAUCCUUACUUUUGGGGAAAGGUGCUAACAUUGAAUCAAAAACACGAGAUGGACUGACACCACUGCACUGUGCUGCCCGUUCAGGCCAUGAACAGGUAGUUGACAUGAUGCUAGAGCGAGGGGCACCAAUAAGUUCAAAGACCAAGAAUGGACUGGCACCUUUGCACAUGGCAUCACAAGGGGACCAUGUUGAUGCAGCAAGAAUUCUCUUGUACCAUCGUGCACCAGUUGAUGAAGUGACUGUAGACUACCUUACUGCCCUGCAUGUUGCAGCUCACUGUGGUCACGUGCGAGUAGCUAAGCUACUACUGGAUCGCAAAGCUGACCCAAAUGCCAGAGCACUCAAUGGAUUCACUCCUCUCCACAUUGCUUGCAAGAAAAAUCGCAUAAAGGUGGUUGAGCUGCUCCUGAAACAUGGUGCAUCCAUUGAAGCAACAACUGAGUCAGGACUAACACCACUUCAUGUAGCAAGCUUCAUGGGUUGCAUGAAUAUUGUGAUCUAUCUCUUGCAACAUGAUGCAAAUCCUGAUGUUCCAACAGUUCGUGGGGAGACACCCUUGCAUCUGGCAGCAAGAGCCAAUCAGACAGAUAUCAUCCGUAUUCUUUUAAGGAAUGGAGCACAAGUCGAUGCCCGGGCAAGAGAGCAACAGACACCUCUCCAUAUUGCAUCUCGUCUUGGAAAUGUGGAUAUUGUGAUGUUAUUACUGCAGCAUGGAGCAGCAGUUGACUCUACUACAAAGGACAUGUAUACAGCUCUGCACAUAGCUGGAAAGGAAGGGCAGGAAGAGGUCGCAUCUGUUUUAUUGGAACAUGGAGCAUCUCUCACAGCUACAACAAAGAAAGGCUUCACACCACUUCAUCUCGCUGCAAAAUAUGGGAACAUGAAAGUUGCAAAGCUUUUACUUCAGCGUGAUGCCCCUGUCGAUGCGCAGGGAAAGAAUGGUGUUACACCUUUGCAUGUGGCUAGUCACUAUGACCAUCAAAAUGUUGCCCUUUUGUUGCUCGACAAGGGAGCCUCUCCACAUGCCACAGCUAAGAAUGGCCACACACCUCUUCAUAUAGCAGCAAGGAAGAAUCAGAUGGAUAUUGCUACCACUUUGCUCGAGUAUGGUGCAAAAGCAAAUGCAGAAUCAAAAGCUGGAUUCACUCCUUUGCAUCUGAGCUCACAGGAAGGACAUACAGACAUGUCCACUCUGCUAAUAGAACAUCAGGCUGAUACCAACCAUAAGGCAAAGAAUGGUCUGGCGCCACUACACUUGUGUGCACAGGAAGACAGGGUAAAUGUUGCAGCGAUUCUGUUAAAGAAUGGAGCAGAAGUUGACACAACAACAAAGGCAGGAUAUACACCACUUCAUGUCGCGAGCCACUUUGGACAAAGCAACAUGGUUCGCUUCCUUCUACAGCACAAAGCAAAUGUGGCAGCUGCGACCAGUAUUGGUUACACUCCAUUGCACCAAGCUGCACAACAGGGUCAUGCCCCAAUUGUAAAUAUAUUACUGGAUCAUAAGGCACCUCCAAACAUCCUCACUAGUCAAGGGCAGACAGCUCUUUCCAUUGCACAGAAGCUUGGAUAUAUCAGCGUUGUGGAGAGCUUAAAAGUUGUGACUGAGACUGUGAUACCUACAAAUGCUACAGCCAUGCUGACCGAAGAGAAAUAUCGAGUUGUUGCUCCAGAAACAAUGCAAGAAACAUUCAUGUCUGACUCUGAGGAUGAAGGAGGUGAUGAAGUAUUGGAUGCUGGUGUGUAUGGGAAACCCACACAUGCUCAACAUGUCUACUUGCCAUAUUAUGAGGGGCAAGCACUGCUGACGCGUGAAGAUACAAUGCUCAGUGAUCAGCCUUACAGAUACCUGACAGUAGAUGAAAUGAAAAGCCUUGGAGAUGAUUCACUGCCAAUUGAUGUUACAAGGGAUGAAAGAAUCGAUUCCAAUAGAGAAUGUAUGGCUCCACCAACAGCAGUUGAUGAUACUAUCAGCCCACAACAUGCCAAAGAAACAUACACUCCAUUUGUAACAAAUUAUGCACCAGACAAUGUGGAUAUUAAUAGGCAUCCCGUUCAUGUUGGGAAGCUACACUGGAAGAAUUUCCUGGUAAGUUUCCUUGUGGAUGCAAGGGGAGGAGCAAUGCGUGGUUGCCGCCACAGUGGCGUGAGAGUCAUUGUUCCACCACGGCGGGCAGCAAUGCCAACACGUGUCACUUGCCGCUAUUUGAAGAGGGACAAAUUGACACAUCCACCACCUUUAAUGGAAGGAGAGGCAUUGGCAAGUCGAAUUCUAGAGCUGGGUCCAGUUGGUGCAAAAUUUUUAGGACCAGUGAUUAUUGAGGUACCACAUUUUGGUUCUUUGAGAGGAGUGGAACGUGAAAUAGUCAUACUUCGCUCAGAUAAUGGUGAGACAUGGAGAGAACACACUACAGAUGCCAGUGAUGAGGCUAUUCAUGAAGCCAUCAAUGAGAGUUUUGAAGGAGAAGAAUUAAAUGCCCUGGAAGAUUCAAGUUCUGGACGAACAACUAGAAUACUGACAAAUGAUUUUCCUCAGUACUUCGCUGUGGUGUCUCGAAUAAGGCAAGAAGUUCAUGCAAUUGGACCUGAAGGUGGAAUGGUUUCCUCUUCUGUUGUACCACAGGUGCAAGCUGUAUUUCCACAAGGAGCACUUACAAAGAAGAUCAAAGUUGGACUUCAGGCACAGCCAAUUGCAGCUGAACUCACAGCGAAGCUUCUAGGCAAUAGGGUUGCUGUAUCACCAAUAGUAACAGUGGAACCUCGAAGGAGAAAGUUUCAUAAACCGAUUACCCUGACAAUCCCUGUUCCACAAGCAGCAAACAAGGGCAUGAUCAACCAGUAUUCAGGAGAUGCACCAACUCUGAGACUCCUGUGUAGUAUUACAGGAGGGACAACACGAGCCCAGUGGGAGGAUGUAACUGGGUCAACACCACUCACAUUUGUCAAUGACUGUGUGUCUUUCACAACAACAGUAUCUGCAAGAUUUUGGCUGAUGGAUUGUAGAAAUAUUGGUGAAGCCACAAAAAUGGCAACAGAGCUGUACAAGGAAGCAAUUCACGUUCCUUUUAUGGCCAAAUUUGUUGUUUUCGCAAAACGUGUCGAUGUUCUCGAAGCCAGACUUAGGGUGUUUUGCAUGACUGACGAUAAAGAAGACAAAACAUUAGAGCAUCAGGAGCAUUUUACUGAAGUUGCAAAGAGUAGAGAUGUUGAGGUGCUCGAAGGAAAACCACAGUACAUUGAAUUUGCAGGGAACUUGGUUCCUGUUACAAAGUCAGGUGACCAGUUACAACUCGGAUUCAGAGCAUUUAGAGAGAAUCGUCUUCCAUUUACUGUACGUGUCAAGGACCCACACGCUGAUACAGUUGGCCGCAUACUUUUCAUGAGAGAGCCGAAGGUUGCAAAAGGUGAACCACCCCAGCAGCCAGUCUGCAUAUUAAAUAUUGUACUCCCUGAAACGAUAUUACCUGAAUCCGGACUGUCAGAACCAGAUCUUGUUUCCUUACAGAAGAAAUACAGCUUCCUCCGUGAUGGUGGUUUUGGUCGAAUUAAUGCUUUCCGACACAUGAAUUUACGUUUAUCAGAUAUUAGUAACUUGCUGGCGGAAGAUUGGGUGAUUCUGGCCAAUGAACUUGGAGUUUCUACAUCCGAUGUAAAUAUAAUAAAAACAGAAUUUCCCAGUAGUGUAGCUCAACAAGCAAUGGCAAUGUUGAGACUCUGGGUACAACAGUCAGGAAAUAAAGCAACAGCUAACACACUGGAGAAAGCACUGAGGAAAAUUGGUCGUGAUGAUAUCAUUCAACAGUGCAUUUUCAAUGUUGAUGAGAUGGAUGAAGCUGUUGAGAAAGUUCGGCAAGACCAAUCAGGAUUUGACCUCUUGAAAGAAGAGUUAGGACCAUCAAGAAAUGCAUCAUUACAUCGAGAAACUGCAGUGGACAUUACAGCAUAUGAUGAACAAGAUUUAAUGAAGGAAUCAGAAUCUGUUGAAGAGCUUGUGCAAGCAGAGAAGAAGAAAUCACAUGAAGACUUUCAGAUACAAAAAACAGAUGUAAUACUAAAGGACUGGCCUCUGAAGGAGAGAGAUGAUGUUGAUGAAUCAGAAGAAAGGAAGUAUAUUGGUGAAGAAAAAGUUGUUGAAGAAGAAAGACGAACAGUUGCUCAGCUGAAAGAAAUAUUUGCUCAAGAUAAGCGUGAUCGUCAGUAUGAAAGACAGCCAAUAAUUAUAUCAGACGAAGAGGCAAUGAAGAGGCACACAUCAGUAAUUACUGAAAGUGAUUCACCUAUACCUCCAUCAAAAACUGAAGAUGACACGUCACGGCUGUCAACCUCCACUUUUGAGGAUAGCACAAUGGAAGAUGAAAUGUCACAGAAGCAAGUGUCCUCUCCUGAACAGUUACCAGAGGAAGCCGUUCCUAUUAAAGUUACACUAAAAGAGGAUCAGAGACGAGAUUCCGAACUUUUUCAGGGUGUUAGUGAAGGGCUGGUCAGACUGGAUGAUUCCUACAAGGUGAUUCCAACUGGAGAAGAAAUCCUGUCACCAAAAGUUUCGAAAACCCCGCCCCCAAGUCCAGCUGAGUUCAAGGAGCAAACAGGAACAGCGAUAUGGCAGGAAGGUCCACUGUUAACAGCUGAACAUCAGCCUCCUGCACAAGACAAAAGGGAUGUAUCUCAGGGAAAAAAGCAAGAGCAAGAUAAACCAGCAGAUUUGCCUUCUGGAGAACAGCAGCAGGAUCCUCUUCCUUCACAUGAAGUCACUGUGCGAGAUGAGCAGGAAGAUGAAUCUCUUGCCCAAUCAGGAACAUCCCAGGGAGAAUGCCCUAGCAGGGAAAUGCAAGAUGCUGGUGACAGAACAUCAACACCAACCAUCUCAUCAUCAGCACCAGAAGCUGACAAGAAAGAUAUUACUGACGACAAAAGAACACAGUGAAAGUGAAGACGAUUACUGUGGAAAUAACAUUGAUCUCUAUCAUAAGUGGCAGAAACGUGUGUCAGAUAAAAUGAAAAUGCACAGCAUUUUCCUGACAUCACUUAUAAUCUCACUUUAGAUGAAACACAUAAAACAAUAAACUUCAUGCAUUUUUCAUAAUAAAAUUAUUAACUAUAUGGAACUGCUUCUGUGUAUUACUUCAUAUCUGUAUCUACACAGAGGACAUUAAACAACAACACUCUGUUCAUACAAUAAUUUUUAAUAUUUCUGUGUCUGAUUUACUGUUUGUGAUGUAACAGCUAGUGACAAUUAUUGUCACUGAAACUGAGAGGCCCAGUGAAAAUACUAUGUAAAUGAAUAUAUUUUAGACACUAUCUUUGUGUCAAAUGGUCCUUUUUAUACCUAGAAGUUUCUCUCUGUCAAAUUCUUUGUUGUUGUAAUAUUCAUACAGAGAGUGCAUUAAUAUAAUUUCCUCUGUCUUUGUUGUUGGAACAUACAACCUCAUCCUCAUAUUCAAACUGGAUACUAUGUAAAUAGUUUUGCAUAGUGUAUCUCAAAUCCUUUGAUGCUUCAAUGUGGUAAAGUGAAAAAACUAAAACAUGAAAAGGCAGUUUAUUCAUGUCACAAAAAACUUGAUAUUACCAGUUAUUCAUAUCAUGAAACAAUUGUUACUCUGACAAUUUUCUUCAUUUGUGAGAUUUCAAAUGAAUUAAGCAAAAAUGUAAUAUGGCCUGCCAAUUCAUAAUGCCCAUUCAUUGUGAGAUAAAAACGAUUCUGAACCUGCAAAGUGCUUUACAAAGAAAGUGGAAGAACUUUUAUCAGUAUAAGGUUAUUGUCAUUGUGAAUAUGUUCUUAGACUUACGAGCACACCACUCACCUAAGCAGAAAGGAGGAAUGUGAAGUUAUACAAACGAUAUGUAAUAUUUGACUACAAAUAAUUCAAGUUCAGGUUUAGAACUGAAGAAAUUUGCACCAGUACAAGCUAUUACAGUACCAUAAUAUGUUCAUAAACAUAUGGUUUUGUAGUUGACAAAAUAUUAUGAGAUUGCUCAAGAAAGUUUGAACAACACUAUAAAAAAUAAAUAUAUAAAAAUAAAAUUCUGCAGACAUAAUUUUAAUGCUGCAUUCGUAUGUAAAAAUUACCAACUUUUCAGGACGCAAUUUUAUAUUUUAUGAAGCAAUAAAAUGCUUAAAUGUUUGCUCAGUGGGCUAAUGCGAAUGGAAAUAAAUCAUAAAUCAAGUACAGCUACUAACUAUAAUCUCUUUGUAGGCUGGUGGAAAUACUGCCAAGUACUGAACUAUUCCACUUGCUAAAUUACUAAGGAAUUAUUUAUCAAUUUUGCCUUCAUAUUUGUUGUGCUGUAUCAGGCAUGCCUGGGAUAUGUUGAAAUUCUAUAAAUGUUGCAAUUACAAGUUAACAUUAAAUACAAUUAUUAAUGAAUGUGUUAACAACGAGAUUAAAAUUUCUGUGUUAUCUCCUAGAAUAACUUCCAAACAAAAUUUUUCAUGUGUUUUAAAUUUGCUUGUGAUUACCCUGGAAAGUAACACGAUCCAUCUUGUCAGCUUCACAAUAUGUGACAUAAUUCUCAGUGGUGUGGAAAAUGGCAAAAUGUAAAAAAGAAGUUCUAUUGUGAUAUUAACUCAUUCAAUCGUCUCUGUUGUGCUAAUUUAUGUUAUUGUAUGGGUCAUGGUAACCUGCUUUAUUUCUUUAGGCAUAGAAAACACAGCAACAGUGGCUUUGGGACUCAUCACUGAACGUUCAUUGUCUUCUGAUGUAAACCUAUGAGUUGCAAGGGAAGCAUUUAUUCUGGAUGAUUUUAAUGGUGUCAACUGGUAUUAAUAUUUUUACCAUAAUCAUUGCAUACAUUUGCUUAAAUGGUAGUUUUUAGAAAACAGUUUAAAGUUAAGAAUGUCAACACAUUUCAGAACUCAUCCUGUUUGUUUCCCAUAUCCUAGCAUGUUGAAUGAAGGCUGCAUUGUGAAUUAUUUAAUAAUUCAUCAGAUAGCAGUUAAGAAGAAAAGAACUGUUGUUAUUUUUUAAAAGAAGAGUUUUCUUAGCUAAGAAAUCUAUGAUGGACUGUGCUUUGUUUUCCAGUGAUGCAUGUUAUUUCUACUAAUGAUGAAAUUGUACUGAAUGAACAGAAUGUGAUUACAGCUGAUGUUUUUAUUGGCUGAGAGUUUUGACAAAGAAAUAAAGCUUACAGAUAUAAUA